AUGCUGUCCUUCAAUCAGUCCAAACAUAUGCAACGGGACAACCAGCCAUUGGACCCAGUGAACACUACCAACAGGAUUACAGAAUUUGUCCUCUUGGGCUUCCUAAACCUCUCACCUCUCUUCCGCCUGGUCCUGGCCUCUCUGCUGUCCAUCGGCUACACCUUCACCCUCGUGGGAAACUUCUGCAUCGUAUGGGCCAUUCUCCGGGACUCUUGCCUCAGCUGCCGGCCCAUGUACAUCCUCCUGGGGAACUUCUCCGGGCUGGAGAUGUGUUAUGUAACAACCACAGUGCCACGGAUGCUGCUGGAUUUGACCUCUCCCUCUCCGGGAACCAUCUCCUUCCGUGCCUGUUUCCUCCAAUUCUACUUCUUCUUUUCUAUGGGAACCACCGAGAGCUUCCUCCUGGCCGCCAUGGCCUUGGACCGGUACUUGGCCAUCUGCCACCCACUCCGUUACCCAGUGCUCAUGUCUCAGAGGUUUUGCUACUUGCUAGCUGCUUCCUGUUGGCUCUCUGGCUUCCUGUGGUUCCUGACACCCGUCGCUUUGAUCUCCCAGCUCUGCUUCUGCGGCCCCAACGUUCUCAACCAUUUCCUCUGCGACCCAGGCCCUCUGCUGUCCUUGUCCUGCACGCCGGCACCUCGCACAGAAACGACCUUCUACAGCCUGAGGCUUUCGAUUGCCAUUUUUCCGGAACGUUCCCUUCUUCAUGCGUUGUGCUCCUACACUGCAGUUUCUGCUGCUGGUCCGUGGCAAAGGUGGCCUUUCUGCUGCGGCGGGAGGCAAAAGGGCUUCUCCACUUGCAGCUCACACUUGGCCGUGGUGAGCCUUUUCUACGGGUCCAUCAUGGCCACCUACGUAGUCCCUGAAGCUUCGGGAAGCAGCAGCAAGGUGGUGACCUGCAUCUAUGCCCUGAUGACCCCUUUGCUCAACCCACUUAUCUUAUAG